AUGGUGAGAAUGGUGAAUGAGGGUGAUGAUAGAGAUAUUGAGAAGGAGGGGUGUGAAGAUGGCUUGGGUGGUAAUGAAGUUGCAGAUGGAAAUUUUGACGAGGAUGGCAGACUCAGAAGAGUGGGGACUUUGUGGACUGCAAGCGCACGCAUAAUAACAGCGGUAAUUGGCGCCGGAGUGCUUUCGCUGGCAUGGAGUUUCGCGCAGCUUGGAUGGGCUAUUGGGGUGGCAACUCUCUUAACAUUUGCAAGCAUCACAUUCUACACCUCCAGUCUCUUGGCAGAAUGUUACAGGUCUCCACUUACUGGCAAAAGAAACUACACUUAUAUGCAGGCUGUCCAAGCCACCUUAGGUGGGAAAAUGUAUGUGGCUUGUGGAGUGGCUCAAUAUGCCCUCCAAAUUGGGCUGAUAAUUGGCUAUACUAUAGCUGCGGCAAUAAGCAUGGUGGCUAUACAGCAAUCACAUUGCUUCCACAGAAGGGGUCAUGAGGCAUCAUGCCAGUUUUCUCAUAAACCAUACAUGAUAGGAAUGGGACUCUUUGAGAUGGUCGUGUCUCAAAUACCCAACAUUGGAAAAGUGUGGGGGCUCUCGGUUAUGGCAUCAGUUAUGUCUUUUGGGUAUGCUUCGAUUUGAGCUGGACUUGCAUUGUGACUGUUGUCUCCGGUAAAUUUUAUUGCCAAUGACUUGAAAUCUCAAUUUGUCCUUGCAUUGAAAUGUAUGUCCAUAAGAGUUGUAGCAACAACCAGCAAAGAUGAGAUUUGAGCAGGGCAACAACUU